AUGAAUCAGCACAAAAAAGUGGUACUUGUAUCGUUCGGUUCCGUGGUAGCCAGCUAUGUGAUGCCAAAUGAAACAAAGCAAGCCUUCUUAAACGCGUUUGAUCGGUUCCCAGAUGUGACGUUCAUUUGGAAGUACGAAAAGGAGGAGCACCACAUCGCCAACGGGCACCCAAAUGUAAUCACCGAUAAAUGGCUACCGCAAACAGAUCUACUUGGUAAGAUUAUUUUCAUCCUAAAAGUGGCAGUUACUGUAGCUACCGCAAAUAACUGCUACAUUUAA